AUGGGUAAACAGUUGUGGUUCAAGGGGCCCGUAUGCGGUACCGACAACUGUAGAUCACGACUAUACAGAAACAGAGAUGGUCUAACCAUUUGUCAAUACGGCCACGUUCUUGAAGGCGCAGUUGAAUAUAAUGACGAUCAAGAUCAACAACCGGUACAAACGAGAAGACUAAACGUUGUUGCUGUUGACGAACGAGGGAAUUUUGCCAGUCAAUCAAGUCAACGACUGAUCAGGAAACACAAAUUGGACAAAUUAACUGGGAGUGAAGCGUUGCCGAUAUAUUUUCGAUGUUUGCAAAUCAUUUUGAAGAGCCAGUUGGAUGCAGUGGUGCGACAGUAUUUCAGUGAUGGAGUUAAAUCUGAUUUAACAGAUAUAGUCAAGACGUAUUGGUGCAGAGCGUUGGGUCACUAUUACCACAUAGAUGAACAUGAUGAAGAUGAGAGCGGGAAUAAACGAAAACGCUCUUUGGAUGUGUUGGAUUUGAUAUGUAUUAUCUAUACGGCCAGUUUGGAGCUCAAAGCAUACCCAUUUUAUCUCACUGAUGUUGUUGAAUGUGUUACUUUGGACAAAGUACCCUUCUUCAAAACGUAUAAUCUACUACCGACAGAGGAGUUGGAAAAAUUGCACGGUUCAUAUCAAGGGAGAUUACAAGCACACCAAGUACCCAGUGAAGGACAGAUAUUGCGACGAAUAUUUUACUUGAGUCAAGUCAUUUUGGAUAAAGAGUUGAAUGUUCCUACCAGUUACUACUACCCCUUCAUUUAUGAUAGAUUAGCCCAUACUUUACUCCUACCGAAUACGCCUGAUUUGUUUAUGUUGAUUUACCAAUUUCUUCAUCUUUGCAAAGAGACUGGAUUCGAAAUUCCCAAGAAAAUCAAAAGUGCAAACAAGCUCACUGAGUGCUUUCCUGAAGUAUAUUUGACUGUGGUCAUUAUAUACAUUACAAAAAUGCAUUUUGAAUUUGGUAAACUCAAAUUUCAACCUAAUGACUGGUUGAAACAAGUCAAGGCAUACAAUCAAGAGUAUGAAUAUACCAAUGAAGUGAGUGAUGGUACUUUACUCAAUUGGUCAGUUGAUAAAACUGAACGUUAUGCUGAUUGGAUCUAUAACCACUUGAUGCCGGAAAAGUAUAAAGAUGAGAGGGGAAAUGGGGACACGGGUGAUCUUUCGGUAAUGGAGAGGCGACUUUUCCAAAUAUUUACGCUAGAGGGUGUUACAAAGGAACUGGAUAUACCGAAAUUGGUUAUGGAUAAUGAAGAAUCCUUCACACCCAAGCUCAAAACACUCAAGAAUAUAAUGGAUGCAGGGAUGAAGCUUGAGGCAGACACUGAUUAUUCCAAAGUUGAUAAAUUGUUGUUCACAUUGUUGAGUAAAGCCAUAAAUGUAUCAACGACUGAGUUGAAUAGCAUAUACGAGAGUACGAUCAAACAUUUUACUAAAAAGGCUAGGUAA